AUGUUGACCAGCUCUGACAACGGCAUCAUUGGGAAGUACGCAGGGGAUGACUUCACCACCAAAGCCACCUUGACCGUGUUUCUGUCAAUCGCCCUCUACAACUCUAUCGAGCUCCUGGUUCUCAUCUUCUCCUCAUUCCGACGCUGGCAAGGCCUUUACUUCUGGAGCUUGUUGCUCGCCACCGUACUCGGCGUCGUACCGCAGUCAGUGAGCUUCCUACUCAAAUACUUCGGCAUCGCUCCAUUAUGGCUCUCACUCACGCUUUCAACGAUUGGGUGGUAUUUCAUGGUGACGGGCCAAGCGUUAGUGUUAUUUUCGCGGCUCAAUAUCGUCGUGCAGGAUCUGACGAUUAGCCAUCGUGUUCGUGCGAUGAUCAUCAUCGAUGCGAUUGUCUUGCAUGUCCCCACGACCGUCCUCACCUAUGGCACCAACUUCAUUCAAACCCCCGUCUGGGCCCAGGCAUACAGCAUCAUGGAACGCAUCGAGCUGACGGGGUUCUCACUUCAAGAAUUCAUUAUCUCUGGUCUAUACAUCUACAAAGCCGUCCAGAUCCUUCGCAUGUCCCCUCCGAGCACCUCCGGCCACAACCCGAAUCGCAAAAUCAUGUACCAACUUCUCGCUAUCAAUGCGCUGAUCAUCGUCAUGGACGUCAUUCUGUUGGUAUUGGAAUACCUCGGCUCGAAGUAUUCCUUCGUCAUUCAAACUACUCUCAAGUCGAUGGUGUACAGCAUCAAAUUGAAACUCGAAUUCGGAGUCCUGAGUCGCCUUGUGUUUAUGGUGCAAGCACAUCGUUGGCCCUCGGGACCGAGUGAAUCCCCCCAACUCUUCUCGCGUCCGGAAACUGCUCGGGAGCAGUUAGAUUACCAUGAAUUUCUGGAGGGCCAGGGCAGUAGCGCGCAGAAUCCACUUGCAGCUAAUUAUUGCAAGUCAGCUUCGUUUCGGCACGAAGAGGUGGUCUGA